UCGAAUGUGCGAUCGAGCCGCGUUUCGCUACGAAAAUAAGAAACCAGUCUUACGUCCGCGCUGGCACGUUCAACAUGUGGAGAACGGUGAUCGUUUGCGCGCCAGUGCUGGCGAUGAUGAUGCUGGCCGAUGACACCCUCGCGAUCGAGGGCGUCAAAGGCGGUCAUCGUGGUUAUCCAGGUGCAAAAGGUGGACGUACGGGGGGCCAGAACGCCGUGAACAGCACCAUCCUCGCCGGACUUUGCUACAAAACGAUACCUUACGCGGAUGCGCUGGCUAUGAACUCGACGGGCCAAUUCCCUCAUAAUACUCUUCCCUCGACCCACGAGGAUGGAACGACAAACGGAUUGAUCACGAUCCUCGACUGCUGCGACGGCUACGAACGGAACAUGUCGUCCGGUGGCUGCGAGCCUCGUUGCACCCAAGGAUGUUUCGGCGGAAAGUGCACCGCGCCGAACGUCUGCACUUGUCCACCGGGUUGGUUCCCCCAGGAAGGCGUGUGCAUGCCGUUCUGCGAGAGACCGUGCCAAAGAGACGCGUAUUGUUUCUCGCCGAACGUGUGCGCCUGCAAAUUGGGCUACGACGAGGUGAACGGCGAGUGCAGGCCGAUUUGCCCGGGCGGUUGCAAGAACGGGGACUGCGUGGCGCCACGAGUCUGCAGAUGCAAGUCCGGUUAUGCGCUCCAAUCGUCCUCGAACGGUGAUUCGGGAAUCGAGGCGAAGAAGUGCGUGCCAGUCUGCGAGAACUGUCAGAACGGAGAUUGCGCGGCACCCGGAGUCUGCACGUGUCGCGAGGGUUACGCGAAUCCGCCAGGCGACACAGAAACCUGCCUCCCUAACUGUCCGAACGGAUGCGUGGACGGUAAUUGCGUUUCUCCAGGUGUCUGCCAAUGCAGACCAGGCUUCACGCUCGACCCUACCGGUAAAUGCGCGCCGGACUGUCCCCGAGGAUGUCCGAACGGCGAGUGCGUCGCGCCUGGUGUCUGCAACUGCAGGCCAGGCUACGGCCUGGACCCAGCGAGCAAUUGUGUCCCACGAUGUUCCCAGGGCUGCACGAACGGCGAGUGCGUGGCCCCAGAAGUCUGCAAGUGCAGUCCAGGUUACACCCAAGAUCCCGCGAACAAUUGCGUACCGGACUGUCCCCAAGGAUGUCCCGAGGGCGGCGAGUGCGUCGCGCCAGAUAUCUGCAGCUGCAAACCGGGCUUCACUCGCGACGCGAACGGUCGAUGCGUUCCUCCCACUGGCCUGUCCAGCACUGCUCCUCAGUGCAGAUACGGUUGCGGUGCGAACGGCACCUGCGUCGGCCCGAACCAAUGCGUCUGCGAUCUCGGAUUCCGCGUGGACCCAGAUACCCGUCGAUGCAUCCCAUCGGCGAUGUCGUUCACGUGCAGAAACGGUUGCGGCUCGCACGGGGUCUGCGUGGGCCCCGACUUGUGCAUCUGCGACUACGGACUGACCGUGGAACCCGACACCGGCCGAUGUCCCGAGCCGAGACCCACCGAUCGGACUACGGACACCCUUUGUGGUUAUGGUUGCGGGCCUAACGGUCGUUGUAUCGGGCCUAAUCGUUGCAUCUGCGAAGUCGGUCACGUCGUUGAUCCAGAGACGGGUAGAUGCGUGCCGCAGAGGAUCUCCCAGAUAGGCGAACCGAUCUGCGAGAAUCCUUGCCUGAACGGCGAGUGCACCGGGCUGAAUCAGUGCACCUGCAAACGGGGCUACGUGAUGGACCCGAACGAUCCCACCAGAACGAGAUGCCUGCCCGUAUGCGUCGGUGGUUGCGUGAACGGAGUGUGUUCAGCGCCGAACUUUUGCAUAUGCAACCUGGGUUACAGAAAGGAGACCGGUGUCAAGGGCAGACAGAGAUGCGUCCCUUACGAGGUCGCUUUUCGCGAGGAGAAAAGAUGCUGCGCCAAAUACAGAAUGUCGAGGGAUGACUGCGUGCCGAUUUGCGACCCAGACUGCGUUAACAGCGACUGCGUGCUGCCGGACGUCUGCGUUUGUCACGCCGAUUAUUACAAACACGAGGCACUCACGAACUUCGGUCACAUUUGCGUACCCGCCUGCAAUAUGUGCCCACACGGAAAAUGCAAUCUACCGAACGUAUGCGAGUGCGAUCCCGAGUACAGAAUGAAUGAACUGGGGACGUGCCAGCCAAUUUGCAGCAACGACUGCGAAUCAGUGAACGCGUACUGUUCCGCGCCUGAGGAAUGCACCUGCAAGGAGAAUUACAAGCAGAAACCAGACUCGGAAAUAUGCACGCCGAUCUGUCAGGUCAACUGCGUGAACGCCGAGUGCUCGGCGCCUGACGAGUGCACGUGCAACGCCGGUUAUGAACGUAAUUCGGAGAAUCCGUUCGUUUGCGAUCCGAAGUGCGACGGCGGCUGUAUGUUCGGGAUCUGCGUGGCGCCCAACACCUGCGAGUGCCAUCCUGGAUACCGUAUGAUCGACAACAACGUAUGCGAGCCGGUCUGCAGCGAACCCUGCCAAAUGGGUAUCUGCAUCUCGCCGGAGACAUGCCAUUGCAACGACGGCUACGGAAAAUUCGGUGAUUCCCAAUACGUGUGCGAGCCGAUCUGUGAGAAGGCCUGCGUGAACGGGACCUGCACCGGCCCGGCAACCUGCACCUGCCACGAUGGCUUCCGUCUCAGCGGCGACGAGACCAUGCAACACGUCUGCGAGCCGGUCUGCGACAUAACUUGCGAACCUUACGGGCAUUGCGUCGCACCUAACACUUGCAUCUGCUUCGACGGAUAUCAACUGAGUUAUACGGCGGUGGUCUACGAUGUACAUUCGAUCUGCCAGCCGAUCUGCACGGAAGAUUGCAAGAACGGAUACUGCAGUAGUCCAGGGGUCUGCAGCUGCUAUUCGGGCUACCAGUCGCGGCCUGAUAAACCGACAAUUUGCGAGCCGAUCUGCGACAGUACUUGCGUGAACGGUUACUGCCACACACCGAACGUGUGCGAAUGCAACCCAGGUUAUCAAUAUCACAUGUCGAGUAACAACUAUUGCGAACCUCUCUGUCAACCGCCCUGCGAGAACGGUCUCUGUACCGCGCCAAACGAGUGCACCUGCCACUACGGCCACGAUUCGCAUCCGUUGAAUUCGUCCGUGUGCGUGCCAUCUUGCGGCGAUCGAUGCCAUUUCGGGACGUGCGUCGCGCCGAAUGUGUGCAACUGCAACGACGGUUACACCUUGAACGAGGUGUUCGAUUGCGUGCCGAUCUGCAAGAAUUCGUGCGGUGACAACGGUGCUUGCGUUGCUCCAGACAUGUGCAGAUGCCUGGACGGCUAUCGUUUCGUCGGCAACGAAACGUCGUUCGAUUGCGCGCCCGUCUGCGAGUUCGACUGCGUGAACGGCACCUGCGAGUCGCCGGCGGUGUGCACGUGCGACAAGGGCUUCGAGAAAGACGAGGAGGGUCGCUGCAAGCCGUUCUGCGCGUCCUGCGGAAACGGCACCUGCGCGUCACCUGGUGUCUGCGAGUGCAACGACGGCUACGUUCUGAUCGCGCAGGGGAACAGAAGCGUCUGCGAGCUCAGUUGCGGCGAAUGUACCAACGGGAAAUGCGUGGCCGGCCUGUGCGAGUGCGACGUUGGCUUCGUGAGAAACGGUGACAACGACACCGGCUGCGUGAGCGCGUGCAAAGAGAACUGCAACGAUCGGGGCUUGUGCGUCGCCGAGAACCGAACCUGCGAGUGUUACUACGGAUGGAGCGGUUCGCAUUGCGACCAACCGAUGUUCUGUGUCGUGGUAGUCGACGAGGAUAGCGAAUACAAGAACGCAACAAGCAUAGCCGACAGCGUGAACGACACGAUUGUCAGCGUGAACGACACGAUUGUCAGCGUGUUCGCGAGCAGCCCACUGUGUUACAACAAC